UUUCUUCUUGUUCUUCUUGCAGGUGAUUUCCAUUCUUAAAUUGCCCAUCACCGGCCGCGGUGGUUGUCCGAGCUACAUCUUUUUUUUUUCACAUCGAGAGGGCUUUUGGUGCGGUGUUUUUUUUCUCGUCCGGGUGAACGGGUGAAAAUCGCCGCGAACGCGCCUGGUACCGACGGUGUAUUUUUUUUCGUUUAUGGGAUAUUCGGGAAUCUCGAUCGAAGGAGUACUCUUGGUUUCUAAUACCCCGUGACCACCGCCUCCUUGGAAUAUUUUUUCUGCAGGGCCGUCUCGAGAAAAGAGCGAUAUGCGAUUUUACGUGCUACUUCUCGUCGGCCUGACGUAUCAUGGGUUGGCGACGCUGGCCGAGGAGGUCGAAGUAGUGGAAGCGAUACCGUCCGAAGAGGUCAAAGAGCAAAACGAAAAGGACACGACGAACGCCGAGCAACACAACGCAGAAACGUCCGAAGAUCAGGAGCAGCAGCCGCCGAAGAAGAUGGCGUACAACGGACCUCCGCGGAACAACCCCAUCCCUUUGCCGCCAUCUAGGAACACUAAUCACUACAACCACAAGCCGUACAAGAACAACAAGCCGACGUACGAGAACAAGAACUCGUAUGGGGGACCGCCUCCGCCGCCGCCCCCGCCAAAACAGGCGAUGGACAAGUACGACACGGCGGGGAACGAGAUAUGGCCCGCCCCCGUGCCCGACAUGCCCAAAAUCAUAUCGCUGGACGUCAAGUGCGAAAAGAAUCUGAUGAAAGUUUACGUAGGUUUCGACAAGCCUUUCUACGGCAUCGUCUUCAGCAAGGGCCACUACAGCAACGUCCACUGCGUCCACUUGCCCGCCGGUUUGGGCCGAACGUCCACUCACUUCGAAAUCGGAAUCCACGCCUGCGGCACAUCCGGUAACACGGAGAACGGCCUCUACGGAUACGGUGCCGAGUCAGGCUCGGGGACCUACUUCGAGAACAUCAUCGUCAUACAGUACGACCCCCAGGUGCAGGAGGUGUGGGAUCAGGCUCGGAAGUUGCGCUGCACGUGGCACGACCAGUAUGAGAAGUCGGUAACGUUUAGACCCUUCCCCGUUGACAUGCUGGACGUGGUGCGCACCGAUUUCGCUGGCGAUAACGUCGGUUGCUGGAUGCAGAUCCAGGUCGGCAAAGGUCCGUGGGCUUCGGAGGUCUCGGGUCUCGUGAAAAUCGGUCAAACGAUGACGAUGGUGUUGGCGAUCAAGGACGACGACUCCAAGUUCGACAUGUUGGUGCGCAAUUGCAUGGCGCACGACGGCAAACGCGCACCCAUCCAGCUGGUCGACCAGAAAGGAUGCGUUACCAGGCCUAAACUAAUGUCCAGGUUCACGAAAAUCAAAAACUUCGGCGCGAGCGCGUCCGUACUUUCCUACGCACACUUCCAAGCGUUUAAAUUUCCGGACAGUAUGGAGGUUCACUUCCAAUGCACCAUCCAGAUCUGCAGGUACCAGUGCCCCGAUCAGUGCUCAGACGGGACCAGCCCUUUGGGUUACGGAUCCGGUAUAGUGGAUCUGUCACCCCACGGAGUACCCGACGGCGGGUACGGCCCCCCGCUUCCUCCCAUUGAGUCGUACCUCCACUCGGCCUUGCCCAGAGACGAGAGGAGGAUCAGAAGGUCGGUGGGUACCGAUCCGGAGAAGGAAGUGGGCGUCAACAGGGUGAUUAGGGUGGUGUCGACCGGCGACCUGACCUUUUCGCUAGACGAGAACCAAAACGGUACCACCGCGGCCCCUACGAUGGUAUUCCCGGCCGGAGACGAACUCGCAUCUGCCAACGGACUGAUUUGUAUGACCACACCGGGAUUCGCGGCCACCCUGGUGGUGCUCCUCGCCGUCAUGGUGGUGUCGUGUCUGAUGUCGGCCUUCCUCUGCUUCAAGCUGAAACCUUUCGCGAACGGGAAAAAGAAGGUGGUCGGGUUCGUCGGGUACCCGCAGAAGCCCGUGAAAGUCGGCGCGUCGAGGAGUUGCUUCUACUCGUGAUGGUUAUGGGGCGUCACAAGAAGCCACCGCCGGUCGAAUUUGCUCAAUGCGGGGGCGGCGGCGGGGGUUUUGCCCCGCCCGUGUCCCUUUCCGCGUAUGGUACUAUUUAUAUAUGUGAUAACGCAUAUCCGAGUAAUUCCAGUUUGAUUGGAAAAAAGGGUUUUCCGUUUUAAGUUAGGUUUUUAGGUUUAGGCCGCGGGGCGGCGUCUAAACCGACCGCCCCCGCUGCUCGAAGCCGGCGAACGUCCGCAAUUGGUCGCCGUCGUGGGAUAUUCCGUUGACGCAAUUGCUAUUUCGGAGUGUGUCGAAAAGGAGAGAAAGAAAAUGUAUUUUUUUUAAUUGUCAGAGCAAGAAGCAAGGGACUAAUUAUUCUAAAAGUGUUACCUCUUUAGCUAAUUAACCAGCGAUUAAUUAAUUGAAAUUAAAAAAAAAGGUGACUCGAUUCGGGACUUUAAAAACCAGUUAUAAAUAUUAAUGAAACGAAAACUGUUUUUCAACCCAGAUGCGGAAGCCAAGAUCGUUGAUUUAAAUUAUUAGUUCGGUAUUUAUUAAUUUACACACAUUUUUCACGUCAGACUUUUAUGCAAUUUAUUAAGACAGUUUGAAUUUGAAAACUUUUAUAAUUCCUUCAAUAACGCAAAUUCUGUGCCGACUGAACAUUGAUGUCUCGUCUUUUCAAAUUUUCCGAAAAGUGUUUAUCCAAAUUUUCGAGCAUGUCCCGCGACGACCACGAAAUUCGGACACUUUGUACAUAGGCGCCGAGGAAGGUCCUCGACCCAAAUGUGGUUUCGGUUAAGUAUUUAUUUUUCGCCUUAUAUUUAUUCUUUUUUUUUCAAUAAAUUAAAUAUAAUCGCAUGUACCUGUAUAGAGAUAAUUCAAAAUAGGAAUUAACUUUCCCCUUUCCACCCUCCGUACGCCCCCGCAUAGCCCCUUAAAGGCUCCAUAGAUUGUAAAUUUCUUGGUAAAUUCAAAAGAGUUUUUUUUGUAUUUAAAAAAAAAGUGAAAACGGUCUUCUUCUUGCAUAUUGUUGGAUUUCGUGGAAGCUUGGGUUUGAUUUAAGGAAAAUUCGUUUGGGUCGGAGAUUAAACGUGAAUAAAAUGUAAAAUUUAAUAUGACGACCUGUUUUUUUAUUACUUAAAAAAAACGAUUUA